AUGGAGUCACCUCCAGAAAUUUCCGGUGCGCUUGCCUCAUCAACAACCGAAUGGGUGCAACGUUUUGUCCGCUCAGGGGACGCCGAAUCUCCCGUGAACAUACUGGAUCUAGACGAGAUCGUUCACAGCUACGACCGAUGGAAGGACAGCCAUCCGUACGCGGGCGCUUACUAUUUACCCAGUGUCAACAACCAUCCCACCGUACUGACCCUGCUCGGUAAACUUGGGCUCGGUUUCAGCUGUGCCUCCGUAAUAGAGAUGCGCUCCGUCCUAAAGAAUGGAGUCACUCCCGAUCGCAUUGUUCUAGCCCACCCUGCCAAAGCACCAGAAACGAUACUGUACGCAAAGCAGAAAGAUAUUCGGCGAAUCGUUUGUGACAGUGUGCAGGAGAUCGGCAAAGUACACCGCCUAUAUCCCACCGCACACAUUAUUCUCCGCAUCAGAGUGCUCGCUGGGCAAAAGUUUGGUUGCUGCCCAACCGAUGGCGUUCGCGAAAUAUUCAACUACGCGGCAUCUGCUGGAGUCACCAUCGCAGGUAUUCAUGUUGCUGUACCACAAAACGGUGCGCUUGAUGAGGUAGCAACACUGCGACGUGCUCUGCAGAUUGUCAAAGAUUCGAUUGAUCAAGCCAGCAAGGCUGGGUUAAGUGACAUACGGCAAUUAAUACUCUCCGGCACAGAAUCCGUGUCAGCGGAACAACUGCAGCACACACUAGCCGAGUUUGACGUUGCUGCCACCUUGCACAUCAUCAUCGAAACGGAGCGACAGCUGGUCCAGUCCGCCGUUACGCUCAUCACUUCCGUCCAGUCGAAACGGGUAAUCCGUCAAGCCGGAACAUCGGGACCGGUGCAAGAGAUAAUGUAUUUCAUCAAUGACGGCCGAUAUGGGUCAUUCGAGUGGUGGAACGCUGUUGAUAAGCAUCCAGUCAUAUUUCGCGCCAACAGUACAGUGUCAACUGCAGCUUCGACACACCCCUCGUCGCUGUGGGGCCCGUCCUGUGACUCAGCUGAUAUUGUUUGCGAGCGGCUUGAGCUGCCGGAGCUUGAGAUCGGGGAUUACUUGGUUUUCCCAGCGAUGGGAGCUUACGGGGUAACGCUUGCUUCGUGCUUCAAUGGGUUCCCAAUCCCGAAAACCGUCGCCUGCGCAAGACUAGAAACAACAAGGGCACUUGUUGAAGGCUCGUUGAGCGAUGUCUAA